UAUGUCUAAUAUAUAUAUAAAUAAUAACUAUAUAACAUAUAAUAUAUAACAUAUAACAAAUGCCGAUUGAUCUCGGAUUGGCAAGGAUAUCCAAAUUGUUAAAGCAUUUAAAUAAUCCUCAUAUAAAUGCAUUUAAAUCAAUUCAUAUAGCUGGUACAAAUGGUAAAGGAUCUACUAUAGCUUAUCUUAGCUCAAUAUUAACUCAAUCUAGAAUUCCUAAUGGAAGGUUCACAUCUCCUCAUAUGCUUUAUUAUAAUGAUUGUAUAUCGAUUAAUAAUGAAAUAUAUCCCUGGGAUAAGUUUAAAAAGGUUAAUGAUUUCAUACUUGAACAAAAUUCAUUAUUACAAUUAGGAUGUACAGAAUUUGAAUUAUUAACUGUAACUGCAUUUAAAAUAUUUGAAUUAGAAAAAAUAGAUAUAGCUAUUAUAGAAGUAGGAUUAGGAGGUAGAUUAGAUGCAACUAAUGUAUUAGAACCAUAUUCUGAAACGUCAAAAGGUGGAGUUAUUGCUAGUGGUAUAACCAAAAUAGGAUUUGAUCAUGAAAAUUUACUUGGACAUACAUUAUCAGCAAUUGCCUUUGAAAAAGCUGGAAUUAUAAAAGCAGGAAUUCCAUGUGUAGUUGAUAGAUCAAAUAAUAAAGAAGUUAUACAAGUUAUACAAGAAAAGGCACAACAACAAUCAUCAGAUAUUUAUCUUGUUGAUGGUAUAAAUGAAUCAUCUCCACCUCCAACAUUAUCAGAUUUUAAAUUAUCUACUGCAAAAGAAGUUUUGAAAUCUUCACCUUUAAGAGGGGAUUAUCAAUUACAAAAUUUGAGUAUAUCUCUCAAAAUUAUUGAAUUAUUAACUAUAACUAAUCAUAUAAAUUUAACCUUAGAGCAAAUAAAAGAAGGGAUAAAACAUACUUCAUGGCCUGGUAGACUUCAACAAAUAACUAUUCCUACCCUUAAUAAUUUAUCUAUCUUAUUAGAUGGAGCUCAUAAUGAAAGUGCUGCUAUAGAACUUGGAAAAUUUCUUGAUAUUGAGAGACAUAAUAAUAAUAAUAAUAAUAAUAAUAAUAAUAGUGGAAUUAUAUUUAUAAUUGCUAUGACAUCAGGUAAGAAUAUUAAAUCAAUUCUUAGUCAUAUAGUAGAUAAAGAAAAAGAUACAAUAAUUGUGACUGCUUUUAGUCAACCUGAUCAAAUGCCCUGGAUUCAAAGUUAUGAUAUAAAAUAUCUUCAACAUGAAGCAUCACUUUAUGUUAAUGACGUAGAUCCAUUAAUUGAAACAAAUAUAUCUAAUGUACUUAAACAUGUGGCAACUAAUUAUAGACACAAGAAUGACACUAGACCUAUAGUACUUUGUGGCAGCUUAUAUUUAUGUGGGGAUGUACUUCGCUACAUUGAAGCAGCCACCUCGUAAAUAUUAUUAAGAUUAAUAUUAUUAGUAUUAUUAUUAUAAUUAAUAUUAUUAUUAGCGAGUCCGGAAAAAUAUAUACAUCAAAACGCGCGUUACGGAGUAGAC